ACAAUUUGUUGACAUUUAGCAAGAUAUUACACACUGUGCUGCAGAAAUAACCUAAGGAUAACUAAUUGCAGUAGGAAUGGUUCUGGAACUUUAUUAUGACUUACUAUCACAGCCGUGCAGGGCUCUGUUCUUCUUUCUCAAAUGUGCAGAUAUUGAGUUCGAAGGAAAGAAAAUGGAACUUUUAAAAGGUGAACAUCUUACUCCAGAGUUUUUGAAGAAAAAUCCUUUCCACAAAGUUCCUGUCAUUUUCGAUGAUGGUUUUGGUCUAUCAGAAAGCAUAGCAAUUAUGAGAUACAUAGCUAUAAAGUACAAUCUGGCUGACCACUGGUUCCCAAGAGCGGACUUGAGGACACAAGCACGUGUAGAGGAGUUCCUGAAUUGGCAAGCAUCAGCCGUCCGAGCACCAUGUAGCCUAGUUUUCAAAGCAUUGAUGACAGAUAAAGUAGGGAUCAGAUUUUAUUCCAAACAACCAACGGACGAAGACAUUAAAGCGGCUAAAGAAGAAAUAUCUAGAGCUGUUACUCACAUCGCAGACUACUUCAUUCAAGAUAAACAGUUUGUAGCAGGGGAUAAAAUGUCAGCGGCAGAUAUUGUUGUAGUGUGUGAGUUGUACCAACUGCACCCGGUUGAUCAGCUCGAUAGUCUGGUAAAAUGUAACCCUAAAGUAAAAGCAUGGAUGGAACGGGUAGCAACAACCUUGGGACCGGAGUGGAAGACGGUAAAUGCUGCCAUUGAUUCUUUCAGAGAAAAGUAUAUGAACGCGAAAUAAAGAUUAUGACAAUACAACACAUGUAUCACCUCGAAUGGAAUCUUAUUUUGUGUGACAUCAAAAUCACCCCCACUCUUUAUAUACAGUGAUACAUUACAAACACAUAAUCAUGAUAAGCUUUGAAAUCUAACGGCACUGGAAAGGAGAAGGUUACACUCAAUUCAGUUCCUUUUUUAUACCUCAUUUUCAGUACUUCACAGCAUUUCAAUGAUAUGAAAACCAUAUAUAGUCAUUUAGUAAAAUAAUAAUAAUAAAAAAUAU